AUGAAUAUCUGUGACUCGUCAGGAAAACUGUUCGUGAAGAGCAACAUGGCAGGCUAUGGUCGAGGCCAUGGGUAUCCAUGCCAUAGGGGAGAGCUAGCUGUGGUCUUUUAUGAGUACGCCAAAACGCUACCGGGUGUUCAAUUUCGCUUAGGUCAUCGCAUUAUGGAUUAUUGGGAGACCGAAGACGAAGCUGGGAUCACCAUCAACGGGGAAAGGGUCGCUGCUGACUGCGUUAUUGCGGCUGAUGGUGUCCACAGCAAAGCCCGGAAGCACGUAAGUGGUGACGGUGGUGCACCACAUACGUCGGGCUACGCAAUGUACAGAGCUUGGUUCGAUGCAAAGGACGUAGCCACGGAUCCCAAAUCAAGGUGGCUUCUGGAAAACACAGAACGCAGAGAUCGCGACAAUACGUGGGUGUUUGUUGGAGCAGAUAUCCACUGCAUGCUGGGCACUGCGAAAGGAGGCAGGGAGGUCUUCUGGAUGUGCACCCACAAGGACGUCUUCGACAUUGGCGAAUCGUGGUCUUUCCCUGGAAAAGUUGAAGAUAUGCUCAACUAUAUAUCUGACUGGCCGAUUUUACCAAAGAUUAAAGCUGUGGUUGAGAAAAGUCCCCCCGAAAAGGUGAUUGACUUCAAGUUGCUUUGGCGUGAUCCGUUGAAAACGUGGAUUUCCAAGGGCGGGCGGAUCAUGUUGAUUGGAGAUGCAGCACACCCAUACCUGCCUACGUCUGGUCAAGGCGCAGGACAGUCGAUCGAGGAUGCCGCCACCGUUGCCAUAGCUCUCGAGCUCGCAGGACGCAACAAUGUAAAAAAAGGAUUGAAGGCUGCCGAGAAAUUGAGGUACCAACGAGCAUGCAAGAUUCAGCGGAUGGGCGUCGAAACCCGAGAUGCGUGGCAUAAAACUGACUGGGCGGCUGUCGGAAAGGACACCGCACUGUUAGAAAUGCCACGUCCGGGAUGGAUUUUCGGAUUUGACUGCCAGGCCUACGCAUAUGAGGAAUUUGAUAAGGCCAUGCGAGCCGUUGAGGGAGGACCAGAGUACCAACCGCACAAUAUCCCCCCGGAGGAUAUGAAUCACCGGACGCAAGACUUCAGGACCGGUGAGGCUAUUACAAAUAAGGCACUCGCCGCACCGUUGGCCAUAGAGGAGCAGCUAGGGAAGGCGUCUGAUGGGGGUGCGUUCUUGAGAAGUAAGCUGUAG